AUGGAGGAGCAGUUCCGCCAGCAGCAACAGCAGCAGCAGCGGCUCCUGGUGCUCUUCAACGCCUCCUCCCGGCCCCUGGCCAGCCUCUGGCCGCCCACCCACCUCUCCGACGCCGCGGGGAGCCCUGCCGCCGGCCUGUCGCCCGCCACCGUCACCGCUGCCGCCGCCGCCACCGCCGCCGCCGCCGCCGCCACCGCGGCCGGAGAGGAGGCCGGCGGCGGCGCCGGCGGCGGAGAGGUGGCCGCCGCCGGCGCAGUCAGCCCCUGGGACGUCGCGCUGUGCGCCGCCGGGACGGCGAUGGCGGGCGAGAACGCGCUGGUGCUGGCCGUCCUCUUCUACGCGCCCGGCCUGCGCGCGCCGCCCUUCCUGCUGAUCGGCAGCCUGGCGCUGGCGGACCUGCUGGCCGGGCUGGGGCUGGUGGCCAACUUCGGCGUGCGGUACCUGCUGCAGCCGCCCAGCGAGGCGGCGACGCUGAGCGCGGCCGGGCUGCUGCUGGCCGCCUUCUCGGCCUCGGUGUGCAGCCUGCUGGCCAUCACCAUCGACCGCUACCUGUCGCUCUCCAACGCGCUGACCUACCACUCGGAGCGCGCGCUGACCUUCACCGCCGCCUCGCUGCUGCUGCUCUGGCUGGCCUGCCUGGGCGCGGGGCUCCUCCCGCUGCUGGGCUGGAACUGCCUGCGCCGGCCCAGCGCCUGCAGCGUCCUGCGGCCCGUCACCAGGGACCACGCCGCCGUGCUGGCCGUGGCCUUCCUGCUGCUCUUCGCCCUGAUGCUGCAGCUCUACGGGCAGAUCUGCCGCAUCGCCUGCCGGCACGCCCAGCAGAUCGCCGUCCAGCACCAGUUCAUCGCCAGCGCGCAGGCCACCUCCACGCGCAGGGGACUCUCCACCCUCUCGCUCAUCCUGGGCACCUUCGCCCUCUGCUGGAUCCCUUUCGCCGUCUACUCCCUGGUGGCCGACGCCUCCUAUCCAGCCGUCUACACCUACUCCUUGGCCCUGCCGGCCGCCUGCCACUCGCUCCUCAACCCCGUCGUUUACGCCUUCCGCAACCCCGAGAUCCAGAAGUCGCUGUGGCUGGCCUGCUGCGUCUGCGCUCGGGCCGGCCUCUCCUCCCGAACCAGAACGUCCAGCGACGUGUAG